GGCUCGUGAGGUCAGCGACCAACUGCCACGAUGGAGGACACAACAACAACUCCUCUGAUGUCCUGUGUUUUCCCUUUUUUUAGGGAUUCUUGUGUGGAUUUCGUGUCAUUUUUCUCUUUCAGAUGCCUGACUAACAACACAGAUCUCCUGUAUUCCCUGAACUAUCUACAAUUCCCCCUCUUGUCAUAUACUCCUAGACGCACUUUUCUGCUGCUUCGCACUAAUUCAUACACCUUAUGCAACAGCAUCCAAAAUAGUCUCGAGUCCAUACUUUGCACUUGAUCAAUUUUCGCCUGGCAUAUUCAUCCUCUACAGAAUAACAUGAAACAAUGUAAAAGACUUUCCUGGAUCAGCGCAGUGACCCUACACAAGUGUUAGAGUACAGUGGUUAACAUUCAGGAAGUUAGUAGUGUCACUUCCGAUUGAACAAGAUAGACCUACUCUAGAGUCCAGUGUGAGUCUCCGUCAGCUUCAGUUACGAACAUGACUCAGACUGCAAGAUCAGGAGAAGUUAAUCCAGGAUUUGCUAGCCAGAAUCCAGGAGUUGGAGUCUGCCCAUAUCCAGUUGUCAUCCAUUUCUGUCCCUGCACCCAUGGAGCCACAAGAAACUGUUGAGGACAAGUAUGCUGAGGCAGAUGCUGACUCUGCAUUUGAGGGAGAUGUUGCAGAUGUCCCUGGUCCUGCAGAUAGCACCCCACAGGUGCUGAAUAAUGCUCUAUCUGGCAUGUCAUCCAGAUGGAAAAACUGGUGGAUUCGGGGAAUUUUCAGCUUAACAAUGAUUACAUUGUUUUUCUUUCUUAUCUACUUGGGCCCUGUUAUGCUGAUACUUCUGGUGUCUGCGAUCCAGGUGAAAUGCUUCCAUGAAAUAAUAUCCAUUGGCCACAGAUUUUACAAGUCUUACGAGCUACCGUGGUUCAGAACGCUCAGUUGGUACUUCCUUCUGUGUGUUAACUAUUUUUUCUAUGGGGAGACACUGGCAGACUAUUUUUCUACAUUUGUACAAAGGGAAGAAUCUCUUCAAUUCCUUAUCCGCUAUCAUCGCUUUAUAUCAUUUGCACUUUAUGUCAUAGGUUUCUGCAUGUUUGUGUUGAGCCUAGUGAAGAAACACUACCGUCUCCAGUUUUACAUGUUUGGAUGGACUCAUGUCACUUUGCUGAUCACUGUCACACAGUCUCAUCUUAUCAUCCAAAAUCUUUUUGAAGGGAUUAUCUGGUUUCUGGUUCCAGUUUCCAUUGUCAUCUGUAAUGAUAUCAUGGCUUAUCUUUUUGGAUUCUUCUUUGGUAGAACUCCAUUAAUAAAGCUGUCACCCAAAAAGACAUGGGAAGGUUUCAUCGGUGGCUUCUUUCUGACCAUAAUAUUUGGAUUUAUAUUUUCAUACAUUUUAGCACAGUUCCAGUACUUUGUGUGUCCAGUGGAAUACAACAGUGAAACCAACAGCUUCUCGGCCAGCUGUGAACCAUCCGAGCUCUUCAGACUUCACGAUUAUACAGUUCCCCCUUAUUUGCAAUCAUUGCUGGGAUGGACAACAGUACGCAUGUACCCAUUUCAGGUCCAUAGCAUUGCCCUGUCAACAUUUGGUUCGCUGAUCGGGCCAUUUGGAGGAUUCUUUGCCAGUGGGUUCAAGCGAGCUUUUAAAAUUAAGGAUUUUGCUGACACCAUUCCUGGACAUGGUGGGAUCAUGGACCGAUUUGACUGUCAGUAUUUGAUGGCCACCUUUGUCCAUGUAUAUAUUACCAGCUUCAUAAGGGGUCCAAAUCCCAGCAAAGUUCUGCAGCAAGUUUUAGCACUACAACUAGAACAACAACUAAACAUCUACAAAGUGUUGAAGACCCACUUAAUGGAGAAAGGAGUUCUCUAAGGAGCUACUUCUGACCUGUAAUGUAUCUACAUGUCAAAGAAUAUUUAUAUGGCGCCAGAGCUAUUGCACUGACUCCAGAGCAUUCAACCAAAGAAUGUCAAUUACCCCUGCUAGUUCCCUGUAAAGAAGGCACAAGGCUGCCUUAUUCUUCUCAUACACAUUGAAACAAGUAAAUCCUGCUGUCUGAGCAAAGCUCUGAAUGUUGGACCGGUAACUUUCCAUUAAGCCUGAACAUUCUUUAUGGAUGCUAUGUCCUGGUAGCUUUUAUUUCUAUGGGAGUAUAGAAAAGGAGGAGGGCAUCUCCUUCAAUGAUGAGACUAUGCACAGUUUCUUGUAGGAAGGGAAGGACAUACUGUUUACUGUUCACACUGUGUACCUCUUCCUGGUGAAUAGAUGGAAAUGUGAUUCCACUUUCUUCAUAUUGCUUUUAUGGGAUAGGUUUUAUGUUUUGCAAUGUUUAAAUGAACUCUGGGCAUUUUUUAGUUUCCUUUUUAACUUUGUUCUAGAAAACAAUGUAAUGCAACUAGUAUUUUUGCUGUAUACUGUACAUGUGACACUCAUUCAAGUAAUUCAGCGCUCCCACAUGAUGCUUUAUGCUUAAGUGUCAGUCUAUACUGUAAUAGGGCAGUACUACAUGACUAGAGUAGAUUGGCAUGAAAUACUACUUUUUUGUCUUCAUAAUCAAAAGGAAAACCGUUUUAUUUUGUGACUCUCUUUGGUAGGUGAUGACGACCUUUCUACCAAAAUAACGGUCAUCCACACCACACUACUACUAAAGGUUAAUAUUGCCGAAAACUGUGAACUUAUUAAUUUCAGUCCAAAUAGAUGGAGUAAUGUCUUCAGAAUGCAGAUGUCUUUCUUCAGCUGAUCUUGUUCCCUGGCCAAAAUUUCCAGGGCUUCAGUACAGGACACAUCCCUUGUUCCUGCUCCACAGCUUGGAUCUGCUGAAUUUAUUCUGUUCACGCUUUAUGAUGUUCUGUCCUAGUGCCUUUGUGUGCACUAUUUCUUAGUUCCUUAUUGGAAGUUUACCUUUACCAGUUUUUUUUUUCCUAAGAAUAACAUCUGUGUAUUUUAGGAACAGUAUACUAUAGGUAUGCAUAAAGUUUAGAUGCAAUAGUUUUCUUUAUUGAAAACUGUAGAAGAUUGUUUCCUGUACCCCAAGGAUUAUAUUUCUAUUAAUACAACUAUUAUAUAGCCCUCUAAACUGGUAUUCUUAGAUAUGUAAAGUGAUACUAGACAGUCUAAGAAUGCACCAGAUUUAUAACAGUGGCACGUGCUAUUUGACAUCUGUUGCAUCUUAACACUGUUUAGGCUUAGUUAGUUUAUUUAUCUAAGAGCUGAGGAACGUGCUCUCGAAUCACCUAGAGUGCAAGAAAGAGUGUAAACUUGUUACACACACAAAAAAAAGAGUGCACAAACGCCACCCAACUUACCAUUCACCUCUGGACAAAAAGGUACCUGCGAGGUUCCAGGUUCGAUGUACCUUUUCGCCAAAGCUACUAAGGGACCACAAAUGCUCCCGACAUCUACCUUGGCAUUAGCCAAGGUAUCUGCCUGCAGAGCCGUUAACGGCUCCAUGCAAGAGUAUCUGGGGUUUUUGCAUAGUUAAGACCAACUAUUAACUUCGUUUUGCCCACAUUUAAGCCACAGCCCUUUUUCAGCAAAGCCACAAGCUUUAUGGUUAGCUACCCCUUCUUGUUGAUCGAAGUGCAGUUUUAUUUAUCUCCCCUGAUAUUAUUACAAUUAUUAAAGGAAAACUGUCAGAAUAGUCACC